AUGACUGGCCUUCAGGACAACACUCUGAGGAUUGUUCUGGUGGGGAAAACUGGAAGUGGGAAAUAUGCAACAGCAAACACCAUCUUUGGGGGAAAAGUAUUUGAAUCUAAAAUUAUUUUUUCUUCCGUUAUCAAGAACUGUCAGAAAUCAGAGGGACAAUGGAAGGGGAGGAAUCUUCUUGUUGUGGACACCCCAGGGCUCUUUGAUAACGAGGAAAAACUGCAGACCACCUGUGAGGAAAUCAGCAGGUGUGUCCUCUUCUCCUGCCCUGGGCCCCAUGCUAUCAUCCUGGUACUACAGCUGGGCCGCUACACGGAUGAGGAACAGAAAACAGUUGCAUUGAUCAAGGCCAUCUUUGGGGUGGCGGCCAUGAAGCACAUGAUCAUGUUGUUCACUCGCAAAGAUGAUUUGGAUGGUAAGACACUGAGUGACUUUUUAGACGAAUCAGAUGUGAACCUAAAAAACAUCAUCCAGGAGUGUGGGUCCCGCUGCUGUGCCUUCAAUAACAAGCAAAGUGCAGAUGAGGCUGAGAAGGACGCUCAAAUGCAGGAGCUGGUGGAGAUGAUAGAGAAAAUGGUGCAGGAGAACAGAGGGGCUCACUUUUCUGAUGACAUAUACAAGGACACAGAUGAAAAGCUGAAACGGCAGGCAGAAGUCUUGAAGAAAAUCUAUGCUGAGCAAUUGGAGAUGAAAUUAACAGAAGAGCAAUGUGAUCAGGGAAAAAUAUCACAGGAAGAAAAAGAGAAAAAAAUAAAUGUCUGAAAGAUGAAGCAUGAGGAACAAAUUAAAGAUAUAAGGGAACAAGCUGAAAGGAAUAUAUUUGCAGAUAUUGUACAAAGGAUUAGAAAUAUGCUUUCAAGUCUAUGGCAUAGGUUUUUCAAAUAGUGUAUAUUUUACUUUCUCUUCUUAAUUUACCAUGAUUUGUUACUAUGGUAGAUUGUAUUUUCAAAAGAUGGUUAUAACAGUUUCUUCUAUCCCACCUAUUCUUCUUAUAAUCUGAGCUUGCUUUUCCUUUUGUUGAGUUAUAGGGGUCUGUGC